AUGUGCCACCUCAGCGUGGUCAACAGUCUUAUGCUUCUCCUUAGUAUAUCAUACCUUUUCUUGGUGAAUUGCACGCAGCAGGAGACCAGCAACACACCGCCGCUCGACUUCUCGAAAACGAGGACCAAUCGACACGGCGAAUUGGUAAUACAGUCAGUCUUCAAUCGUCAUCCUCAUGUGCUUGAUCCGGUGCGAAUAAACCUCGGCAACGGGCGGUUCUCAGAGAGGCGAAGGGCAAGCGUUCUUCCACUAGGCGACAUUCCUCCGGCCGCAGACGUGGCUGUCUUCCGUGUGGCGUUCCAGAGCUUCGUCAUCUGGAUUCCCGUCACGCUGAGGGCCAUUACCAUAGCCCGUAAGGCGCUACUUCUGUUUGUUAAGAAGCUAUCGCAAAGCAAACUGGAGAAUAAGAUUACCUCAUCUCAUGACGUUCUACCUUUGCAGUAUUGGUAUCCCAACAGCAUGUGGAAGUAUCCUCAACAGAGUUUCGAAUUCUCGGUAGCCAAAGCACUCGUCUUCAACGUCGUCACGUGGAGGACCCAAUUUUACACCGGUCUAGAUAGGAAGCUCACCAUGGUGCCUGCCUGCCUGCCUCAAGAACACAUCUCCAUACUCGAAGGCAGAACCUUCGAGGUCUCGCGGACGGUUUGCUAUGACUUAUCACGCAAGCUCCAGCAAGCACAAACCCUGGACUUUCCCCAGGGACUAGAAGCAAGAUGGCUUCAAGCUAUUGUUGUCGCACUGCAUUCUAUUGAAGGAAAGCAAAUUGAUACAACUCACGCCUUGCAGCGUGAUACCGAUGCAACCGAAUGA